AAUUGAUGACUGGAGGAAAGGUAUAAAAGCAGCCGUCAGGACUCAACGUUUGCCAGACAGCACAGGCAGAAGCCUUCCCCUGCAGAUAUUGGGUAUCGGCCCACAGCACUUCGUUCUCACCGUCCUCUUCCCAGUGACCCAACACCGGACACGGGGCUCCAGCUACUGGGUCCCUACCUCUCCACCCCAGAGCUUCCUGGAGCUUCUCUUGGACAGGACUGUCCUUGGUCAUUCAACCUUCCUGCCACUCCUAGACCCUUGAGCUACAGGUUGCUGCCUCUGUUUCACUGGAAGCAAUGAGGUCCCGCCUUCUACUUUCUGUGGCCCACCUGCCCACAAUUCGGGAGACUUCAGAGGAGAUACUGCCGGGGGGACCUUGGCAGGAUCCCCCAGCCUCCCCCAGCCUGGAUGACUAUGUGAGGUCUAUCUGUCAACUGGCACAGCCCACCUCUGUGCUUGACAAGGUCACGGCUAGAAGUCGACCCAGCAGACCCCACAGGCCAGCCCAGGACAGUGAGAAGAGUCAUCCUGAAGCAUCCCUACAGGACACCACUGCCAGCUUCAGUGGUCAGCAGCCCACACUGCCCUCUGCUGGCACCACUGACCCUCUGGACUGGCUCUUUGGGGAGUCUAAGAGAAAGGAGAUGAAUAGGAGGGACCUGCCCAGAAGAACUGGCCCCUCUGCAGGACACUGGGGUAUACACAGAGAGAUGAACAGUGACAAGGCCAGUGCAUCCCCCAGAGGGAGGGUCUGUGAAGCCAGAGCACUUGGGCCCUCUCUGACAAGACCAUUACAGGAUGUACACCAGAGCUCCAACCUGAAAAGCUGGACUUCUGGGCAGCCCAGCCAGGUCACAACCUCCCCCUGCAAACCCCGCCGGAGCAGUGUUCUCAGAAGUCUUUAUUUGCACCUCCCUGUGAUCCAUGAACUCUGACCCCUCCCCAAUAAAGGCUUCUGAAAAGAGAGUGCUGGGUUCACAUUGCCUCUCUGCCCUCCCUGCCUUGUGGUGGACACUGUCCCUGGAAGGGCUUUGGGAGGGAAAUGCUUUUAUGCAGGAGCUGCCUGUUCUGGCAAUUCACAGUGACACCCCCCUACUCUGAGGAGUGAUGACAGCCUGUCUCACAUGAGGAGACAUGACUGAUGCCAUUCGCUCUGCACCUAACUGGUCUGUCACCUUAGGCAAGUGACUUGUGUCUCUGUUCUUUGUUUUUCUCAUGGGUAAAAUGAGAAUAACUGAUGGAACCUGCCUUUCAGGCUGUCCUGAUGAGUGAAUGCAUGUCAUGAGCCUAAACUCCAGGUAGCUAUUACAGUCACAGGUGGAGAAAUCAGGGACAAGGUUUAGUGGUGGGGGUUUCAGCUCCCAGGAGGCUUCAGAGCAAGGACCUGGACAUACACAAGUCAGACACUUGGUCCCCACCCUUAGAGCCCUUGCUCCAUGAGGUUCAACAUAACACAUGGAAUCUCAGCAAAUGCACCACUGUGUUCUAGGGGGAACUGGCACAGGGCAUCCUGGUGGCACCAAUUCACAAGUCCUGUUGUGGCACUGGAAGAGUCCCAUGCCAAGACAGAAUGUACCAUUCAGGGUGCCAAAUGCUUGGACCAGUUGGCCUGGUCCCUACUUGUACCUGCAUCGUCUCCACCCAGUUCACAUGUUCUAAGACUCUGACCAACACUGAUCAGCUCUGGGUCCCCUCAACCUGGAGAACCCCAGUUGAUGGAUGUAUCUAGUAAGCAUGAAGAUAAGGACAGGGAAUGAGGGUGGAUUCCAUCCUCAGAGAAUGCAGAUAAAGCUUCAGAGAACUGAAGGGAAACAUGACUAAAGACCAAUCACCCCAUUCUCUUGUAGUGGGCUGACCCUGGUCAAGAUGGAGUGGCAGAGAGAGAGGAGAAAAGGACAGAGCUGGGGGCUCACAAUCAAGCUCACUGUGUCGGCUUGAGUUUCCUCUGUCUUCUUGCUUGGUGAACUAUCCAUCUAUUUUCUUUAUUUGUUUUUGUAUGUGUAGUUUAAUUGCUUUGGACUUGUUAAAUGUUUAUCUAGCCUCGUUUGUGUGGGUUUUCUGGGAAGGCAGAUGUAAACCACACACUAAAAAGAAAUAGUUCCAGAUAAGUAAUUUACACAAUUUCCUUAUCUGUAAAGCGGGGGACACCAACAUCUGUCUUUACUGAGGUUAGGGAAACUGAACAAAUGAA